GGGAAACUGCGUGCUGCCACUCCUUCCCGAGAAGCGGCGUCCCGGUGACAGGGCAAUGGCGUCUUACCGUACUGAGGAGGUAAAGCAGUGAGGGCAGCCAUCUUGCUGUACGGAAGGACAAAUGAAAAAAUAAUUACGCGAAGCGCCGUUUCUGUCCAUAAAAUAAUCCUCUUCCCGCCCCCGUUGAUUCCUCCAAAAGCAUUAAAAGGCGUUGUUGGGGAGCGCAUGGAGUGUCGAGAAAAGGCGGGCCUUAUGUGGGCAGUUACUGAUGACGCUUUUAGGAGAGCGGCGGGAGUUUUGAGCGCGAGCGGAGGGGCAUCUUGGCCGUUUCGACUUCCCGCAGUUCUUCGGAGUCUUCACAGCAGGACCUCGCCUUGAUUUAUUUAUUGUUUAUUUUGUGUAAAUCUCGCUUUCCUUCCUGGUCGGAACCCAAGGCGGCUCAUCACAUUGUUCUCCACUUUGUCCUUACUGCAACAACCUUGUGAGGUGGGUCAGAGUGACAGACUGUGACGGGUACAAGUUUAUCAUUCUUCAGGAACCCAAGGGCAAGCUGCAGUUCUGGAUCUUGAACCAGCUAAGGAGAUCUUGUGGUUUCUGCUUUCUAAAGAUCUGGAAGUGAACAAUGGGAGAAUCUGCAACUUCCUUGAGGGAUGGUAUUUUAUCCCAUCUGGAAAACCUGGAGGCUUCUAGCCACCAACUAGCACUGAAGCAAAGAGGAGGGGAGCAGCAGCAGGAAAAGGUGACCAGGCUGAAAGCAAGGAUCCGGGAGCUGAGACACAAGAGAGACGAACUUAGGGCGAAAAUAGCCAUGAGUCGCUCUGGGCUCAUCGGGGGCAAAGAUGCCACCCAAAAUACGUCUCAGACUCCCCAGGCUUCAGGUACCAGCACACAGGCCAUCCUGGAGUGGAAGGUGGAGAACAUGAAGAAUCUCCUGCAGAUGUUUCGUCUGACAGGCAUCAGUGGGAAACUGACCAGAAAAGGAAUCUGCCUGUGCAUUAACACUGCUUUUGAAGGCACUUAUCUGGACUCCUAUUGCCUGCACCUGCGCGUACGACAACCUGUCCAGAUUCAGCACCACACAGUCCCAGCCUUCAUCCCCUUGAAGCAAAUAGCUGACGAAUAUUUGCAGACUGACAUCAAACGUUUCUUCUCUGUGCUCUCCAAUCACCUGAAUGCUUAUGUGGGGAGGAAGUUUCAGGCAGAGCAGUUACAGAAGCAUUUUGCUGCUUUCCUCGCAGGGCCCUUACAGGGGAAUUCUCUGUACAAUCUGCUGGAGUUUAGCUAUCGCGUAAAACCAGAAGGCAAGACUUUUCCCUUCUCGGCCAAGCUGACAUACGGAGACCCUUUGAGCUUCCUCCCAACAGAAGCCACUGUGGCACAUAAAGAAGAUGCUGUGGCUUCAGAGGCAGAGAUGGCAGCCAGUCAUCAAACCUUAUUCCACGAGAAGCCUCUUCAUGAGAUCUUCCACUCCUUCACAGACGCAACAGAAAACCUAAGUCAAGCAGUUCCCCGGGAGUUGUCUGCUUCUUCGAAAGGUGUGCCUUCAGACCGUGGCAAGGCUACUGCUGUGUAAUUUCUUCUAGAUGGAGUGAACCCAGAUCUCCUGCCCCAAGGAACUUUCUGCUGUGUGUUGCUGAAGGGCAGGUCUUUUCUUCGGCAGCAGCCAUUUCUGGGAGGCUUGUGGAUCCAGCUCUCUCAUAAAUAAGCGUGUGUUUUCAAAGAAGGACAAUGACUACUUAGGUGGAAGAAAACAAGGAGAAGUGAGACCCUUGGGGACUCAAGCAGUCUCUCCAUCCGCAUGAGGAUGGGGGAGACCUAGCAGCCAAUUCCAACCACUAGAAGCUCUCUUGGUUACUGCAAGACUAUGAUUUGUGCCUGCAUGGUUCCUGUCACUCAUUCCGGCUCUUGCUUGCUGAGAUUUUCACAAGAGAAUCAAAAUGUUUUAUGUGGGCUGCACUGGAAUGUUAGUCCUUCCAGCAGAGAUUUGUUUUUGUGUGUUUGUAAUGUGUGUUGCUACUGCAGGGCUAAGGAUGGGGGGGGGAUAUUUGGAGCAUUCUACCAAGGACUUAUCCUGCAUGCUUCUGUCUAAGAAUCUGGGGUUUGGAGGGGGGCUUCCCCCUCCCCCAGGAGUCACUGAAAUGACAUUUUAGCAAUAACUAGUGCCAUAUCUGCUUUUAGGUUGGCACAAACUAUUUCAGAGAAAUUUCAUUAUGAAACAGUCUUUUUCAAUUUCUAAUGAAGUAUUUCAAUAUUUGUAAAUCAUAAUUCUAUGUUGGAGAACAAACUGUUCACAUUUGAAUAGGAAGACCACGUUAGAAAGAAA